AUGGCAGUGAGAGGAGAGGCCACCGUUGCAUUCGAUGAAAGACAGGACCCUGGACUGGCCAGUGACUGCCCUCCUCCUUCUGCACCUGCGGCUGUGUGCUGCGAGGGAAAACAGACAUGA